CCGACAGCGCAUGGUUCUCCUCCUGCCAACGCUCAACCCUCGCCGACCUGCGCUCGACUCCUCUCGAUUUGCGUUCAUCUUGACUCGAUCUGCAUUCAACUUGACUCGAUCUGCGUUCAACUUGACUCGAUCUGCGUUCAACUUGACUCGAUUUGCAUUCAACUUGACUCGAUCUGCGUUCAACUUGACUGGAUCUGCGCUCAACCAUGGACGGUUUCGGUGACAGUUUUGUACCCCCUGCUGAGGGGGCUCCUGCCAAUGAAGUGGAUCCCGCCGCCAGAGUUUUUGGCUCGUGAGCAGGACCAGUUAGCAGGCUUAGAAGACGACCUUGCUCCAUCUGCCGCUCAGUCAGAACAGCCAGCAGCACCCAUUGGCCUUGAUGGAGACGCUGACUUGUUUGGGGGUGUCCCUGUGAAUGGUGCCCCAGACCUCGAGAGUUUCGAGAUGCUGGGCAGAGAUGAGGUAGCCCAAGACAAAGCUGCUCCUCCUCCUGUCUUUGGUUCAGAGGACUUCGCGCCUCAGCCCAUGGGAGAAGAUCCCUGGGCCUCACCUCAGCCUUCUCAGCCAACGGAAGAGGCUAUAUCUCAACCGGAGGCGGAGGAGGGCCCCGGGUUUUCAGAGCCCCUUUCCUCCCAAAUUACCACAGUUGGUGAUGGAGAGGGGUUCCUGCCUGCCACUGACCUUCCUCAAGGGGAUUGUACGGGCUUUGGGGCUGACUUUGGGGGAGCGACUGUGCCUGCUGGUGAUACCGGCAUGUCUGCUGGGGCUUUCUCAUUUGUGGGUGAACCUGCAGUACAAGAGACAGCCGCUGAACCUGAGCCAG